GAUUUAGAGUUGGGGCCAUUCGCAGCCGUUCUUCUUGUCUUAUGAUUUUACCAUAAGAUGACUGACGUAGGUUUUAGUGAAGUUUUCAGGCUUGUUCAAUCAUUUGGCACUUACCAGAAGUUACGAUUCUUUGGGCUGAAUUGCCUUCUCUUGUUUUUUGCAAUCUCUUCUGGCGGUAACAUGAUUUUCAGCUUCAGUGCCCCUCAGUACCACUGUGGGGAUGGUAACAGCUCGUGCCAGCCGAACAAAUGUUGCGACAAUUGUACUUCGUACGUCUUCGAUGGACCUUUUACCAGCAUUGUUAGCGAGUGGAAUCUACUAUGUGAACGUAGCUACAUCCCCGCUCUGGUGCAAUCGAUGUAUUUUGUCGGGUAUCUUUUUGGGUCCUUAUUAUCAGGAACAUUGUCUGAUGCUUUUGGAAGGAAAAUAUCCCUGACUGUUUCCGUUGCAUUACAGGCAGCAGCGUUUAUUGGGGCAUCAUUUGUGACCAGCCAUACCGCACUGAUCAUUCUUAUCUUCUUCGCUGGACUUUCGAUUGCAUCUUCGAUAGCUUGCCAAUACACCUUGAUCAUUGAGAUGAUCGGCCCAGAUCACCGCACCAUCGCUGGUAUUAUCAACGAGUUGUUUUGGAAAGCAGGCUGGCUUCUUAUAAUUCUUGUGGCGUAUUUUAUCAGGGACUGGAGGACUUUCAUGUUGAUUGGGGCAGCCCCGGGAUUGGCCAUAUUACUCUUUUGGAAAUGGAUAUUCGAGUCUCCCCGCUGGCUGAUAACCAAGGGUCGUUUGGAUGAAGCUCACGAGAUUCUAGUCAACUUUGGAAGCAAUUCCAAGGAGCAAUCUCUUGACAAAAAUAGUCUUCGACAGCUCAUCGAGAGAAUCAGGGAAAGUCAGGUGAAAAGGGAAGGUGAAGUGACCAAGCGUCACACACAACUUGAUAUGGUUCGCACGCCCAAGAUGAGAAAGUUUACGCUCGUCAUGGCCAUUAACUGGUGGACAGUGGCUUUAACGUCGUACGGCUCUACAUUAUUCAUAUCGUCUCUAGCAGGAGAUUUAUACCUAAACCUCGUGUAUUCUGCUAUCCUCCCGACGCUUCUCCUGCCUGUCCUCGGUUGUCUGAUCGCCAAGUUUGGGCGUCGGCUGAUCCAUAUCAUCUUCACGGCGUUAUCUGGGGCGGUCUGCCUUGGAAUUAUUGCUGUUCCCUCAGGCUACCCGCUGCUGAUAACUGGCUUAGCAUUGACUGGAAGAGGCGUCAUUGGUGUGCUGUGGACCACAAUCUACCUCAUCACUUCAGAGCUGUACCCCACUACCAUACGUAAUACCGCAAUUGGAACAUGCGCUACAUUCGCCCGGAUCGGUGGUCUGGUGGCGCCGUAUUUCAUUAUGCUGAAAGAUUUGCCAGGUGUUAGUUUGUACCUUCCCGUGAUCAUUUUCGGCUGUCUGUGUAUCCUUGCCGCCAUUGCCUUCUUUUUUAUCCCGGAGACUCUGAAGGUACCGCUAGCUCAGUCGAUCGAGGAAGCCGAAAACCGUGCAGACAACUACGCUCUUUGCAUCUGCUGUGAAAGGAUACCUUCUUUCAUUGAGGAGGUUCCGGUGGAAAUGGAGUGCCUCACAAGCGUUACAGAACAGAAGGACUGAGUAGACGUGUGGGUAUGGAUGGGCGCAGGGCACGUGAUACUCCCCACUUUUCACGCGUGUUCCCCCCUUCGCUUCGGCCUUCAGAAACAUAUUCUUGUUGGACGUUCAGUGUCUCUUUUUCCCACAGAUAUUUCAAUGAGUUAAUGAUUGUUUUUAUUGAUUUUGUAACAGUUCUUGUCAGCCAGACCUUUUUUCAUUAUUUUCAUCCAAUAUUGGAAAACAAUUAUGAGAAGACUUCGUAGCCUCAUUAAAAAAUCCACAUGCUUUACUUUGCGAAUCCAUCCCUGGAUAAGAGUAGUCUUAGAGGUUUUAUCGUGGCUUACUAAUUCAAACGGUCGGCACGAAGUGUAAAUAGCCUUUUCCCUCUACUCUUAGAGUGGAAUCAGCUAUGAAUUCCAUCUUAGCCUCCCCCAUGCAUGCUUAACAUGCCAUUUGGGGUUAGUCGGAAAUGUUUUGUUUUCGAAUAUUCCUAUCAAGAAAAUUGAGCCCAAAAUUGUCGUUUUUGCCAAAGGCGGUCACUUCCAUAUAAGGAAACUAAUAUAUAUCUUAUUUGGAAAAUUUGCAUGAUUCUUGUAAUUUUUUAGGUGAGCGUACCCUAGGGGCUUUGUAAUUUUUAUGACUUGUAACCAGAAGAGAAAAACAGUUACUGUGACCAUCUUAAGUUAGUUGAGAAGGUCCCUGAAAAGAAAGUUUCCUCGGUACCAGACCCCCAAAACGACAACGUUUUCUUCAUAUAUGGAACCUUUGGGGCAAGGGUGGCACUCUCGCACCAGCUCACCUCGGCCUUCGCGUGCGCCACAGGAUUCCCAAUAUUCGAAAACCAAACAUUUCUGACUAACUCGAGUGAAAGCCGGCAAGCUGCCUACCCAGGAUUCUUCCAUACCAUUCCAUACCAUUCAAAUAUUGCAUCAAAAGGGCUCAAAUAUCAGCAUGUGUAACUGUUACCUAAAUUUAUCACCCAUCUGGGUUUUUAUAUCCUAAAAAAAUUGUUAGGACAUGCAACAUGCUACCACUUGAUGUAGCAGGCGCUGUUUCAAACAAUACGUAAAUAUACGCAAUGUACACAGUAAAAAAAAAACAAAUAAAUAUACAGUGUAGCGAAA